CAAGAACGUACAACCUUAUAUGUGUGCGGUUGCUGCCGAAUAAUCGCAGGAACGUACGAGUACUAGCUAGCGUUUGCUCAUCAUCAUCAUGGCAGCGGCGCCACACGUCGUCAUCCUCACGAGCUCCGGCGCGGGCCACGUCGUCCCAGUGUCCGAGCUGGCGAAGCGCCUCGCCGUGCACCACGGCUUCACCGUCACCAUCGUCACGUACGCCAGCCUCUCCACGCCCGGCCACUCCUCGCCGCUCGCCUCGCUCCCGCCGGGCGUCUCCGUCGCAGCGCUCCCGGAGGUGUCCCUCAGCGACCUCCCCGCCGACGCCCACCUGGUGACCCGCAUCCUCACCGUCAUCGACCGCGCCCUGCCGCAGCUACGCGACCUUCUACGCUCCCUCCUCGGCUCCUCCCCGGCGGGGAUCACCGCCUUCCUGACCGACAUGCUCUGCCCCGCGGCGCUCGCCGUCGGCAAGGAGAUGGGCCUGCCUGGGUACGUCUUCUUCACCUCCAGCCUCAUGUCGCUGCUGUCGUUGCUCUACACGCCGGAGCUCGCCAGGACCACCACCUGCGAGUGCCGCGACCUCCCGGACCCCGUGCUGCUCCCGGGGUGCGUGCCUCUGCACGGCGCCGAUCUCGUCGACCCCGUCCAAAACCGCUCCGACCCCGUGUACCAAAUCAUGAUCGACCUGGGGCUCAACUACCUCCUCGCCGAAGGCUUCAUCGUCAACACCAUGGACGCGUUGGAGCACGACACGCUGGUGGCUUUCAAGGAGCUUUCCGACAAGGGUGUGUACCCUCCGGCGUAUGCCGUGGGUCCGUUCACCCGGCGGCGGUGCCCCGACGAGGUCAUGGUCAAGCACAGCUGCUUACGGUGGCUGGACAACCAGCCGGACGGCUCGGUCUUGUACGUGUCCUUCGGCAGCGGCGGCACGCUGUCGACGGAGCAGACGGGCGAGCUGGCGGCUGGGCUGGAGGCGAGCGGGCAAAGGUUCCUGUGGGUGGUGCACCACCCCAACGACAAGGACAGCAGCGCGGCCUACCUCGGCACUGCCGCCACCGCCGACGACGACCCGCUGAGGCACCUGCCGGAAGGGUUCGUCGAGAGGACGAACGGCAGAGGGCUCCUUGUGCCGCUGUGGGCGCCGCAGGUGGAGAUCCUCAACCACGCCGCCGUGGGAGGGUUCAUGUCUCACUGCGGAUGGAACUCCACGCUGGAGAGCGUGGCGGCCGGCGUGCCGAUGGUGGCGUGGCCGCUGUACGCCGAGCAGAGGUUGAACGCGGUGAUGCUGUCGUCGGAGCGGGUGGGCAUGGCGCUCUGGGAGAGGCCUCCCGUCGGUAAGGACGGGGAGGUUGUCCACCGGGAGGAGGUGGCGGCGCUGGCGAGGGAGCUUAUGGUAGGGGAGAAGGGCGACGCGGCGCGGAAAAAUGCUGGUCACCUCCGGGAUGAGGCCGAGAUUGCUUUGGCGCCGGGCGGGCCGCAGGAACGAGCUCUCACCGCACUAGUCGGCGUGGUUUUUUUACAUCUGAAGAGGCGCAUUGAGUAAAAGGAGGCUCCUUAAAAAAACUGAAUAAGCGAACCAACUUAUGUGUUUUUUUAAGGUUUAACCAACUUAUGUUUGGAUGGUUAGAAGGGCAGUGGUAUCUUUAACCCACCAAGAUUCAAGUUCUGGUGUUCGCAUUAUUUAUGUAUUUAUUUCAAUAUUUUCAACGAUGUGCAUUGAGUGGAAGGAGACGUUCUCGUCGAUGACGAGACGCCUAUGAUGGCAUUGUAAAUCUUAAAAUGACAUGUCGGCUUAGUCUUUCGAAGGUGCUCAUAGAGAUAAGAUGUGCAUAUGUGUGUUCAUAAAGGUAAGUGUAUGCGUGUGAAUAUGAACAUUUACGUCUGUAUUGUGUUAAAAAAUCUAAAUACGAUGCAUGAUGGCUGAAGUUUUUUUUUA